AUGGCCAGCGGAAGCAUGAACCUCAAAUUUCUAUCGACAAGGCGCCUUGUGGAGGUGGAGAGCCUAUGCGACUAUGUGAUACGAUCACUUGAGAAUCGUCACUUCGGUCAGCCCCCCCCUUCUUCGAACCAAGAGGCCGCCAACAAUCUUUUAAAGAGUAAGGAGAGCGACUCAAUGAUUGAGCAUAAUCUGGAAGCAGUGAGGAGUUUACAUACACUUGUUGGAAAUAUGUUGGAUACGCCAAAGAAGCGCCCAUGGCUCCAAACGCCGGAGGAGGAAGAGGAAGAGUAUCGAGUGGAAGCAUCUAUGAUCUCUGACAAGCCAUUCAUGAUGAGGACUGUCCUGGGGGAUACGUUGAGGUUAUGUAUUCUUCAGGGGGAUUGUACGGAAGAUGGAAAGCUGUUAUGGGCAAGCACUGAUCAGGACGUAAAAGGAUGA